AUGGCGCCUACUGGCUCUCCAAACGAAGUGUGCGCGGGCCUACUCGCAGUGCCAAGAACGUUGCCAACGAUACCGAUAGCGCAAAUAGAGCCAUUCGAGCUGCCAGGGUUCCGCGUGGGUACCCUGGACUCCCUGCUCGCUUUAUCGGAGACGCUUUGCCGCCACGACAGCGCAGCGUCUCAACUGGCCGUGAAGAUCGCGCAGGAGUUCCCAGCCGAGUUCUCGUUAUCCACUGAUGGCUUGAGGGUACCACUGCGUGCAUACUGUCCCUUCCGCUGGAAUCAAGCCAAAUACGGCUCAGUCGAACAGUGUCCACUAGCGCAACUAUUUCAGUUCGUCUGGCGACAGGUAGAAGAGCUCGAACAGGGUUUUCGCACCCGCCACGAGCAGUACGCCGCAGCGAAACAGAACUGGCAAGCACUGGAACAAGCUUACUCGGGUGGACUGAGCUAUCGACCGCUGUCAAGUAUCGUUAGACCCGAGCAGAUACUCGAAACAGAGCACCUCCUGACGGUGUUUCUCCUGCUCAAGGCCCGGGACGAGGAUACGUUUCUGCGCACGUACGAAAGCUCAACACCGCAUGUGGUGCCCCGCAGCGCAACCCUGCUUGCCCGCGACGAUGAAGAAGUGCUGUAUAGCGUAGUCGUAUUCCGAAAAGGCCUCACGGAGUUUGUUCGAGCUGCGCGAGAACGUCGCUAUCAAGUACGAGAGUACCAAUCUGAGGCAGAUUCCACACAGGGCAGCCUCGAGGAACGGCUUGCAAAGGCACGAAUACACUGGCAGCAGCUUGGUCAUGCAUUCCGGGAAUGGAUAACAGAAGCGUAUGCGGAGUGCAUCGACGCGCUCGUUCACUUGAAGGUGCUGCGUCUGUUCGUAGAGGGUGUUCUUCGGUACGGAGUUCCGGUCUCCUUCGCCGCUGGAUGGAUUUUGUAUGAUCGUUCGAAGAUACAAAAAAUCCGAAAGACGCUCCAGCAAGCGCUACACACACCCGAGCAUCGACAGAUUCUGCGACAUGUAUACCGCGAAGCCGGCGAACAGAUAGAGAUGCCGUCGAUUCCUGGGCUCUCAGCAGCAGAUAUGGAACUGCCAUACGACGAGGAUGCUUUCGUGUGGCUCCCAGUGGACGAUGCGAUUUUUCGGCAGUAG